AUGCCACUUGAAUAUUAUGAUUAUGAUGUUCUGGCUAAGAUUGGCAAUGAACUAGGAAGAAUCCUGAAAAUUAACCGAACCGCUUAUCAAGCAACUAGAAGGAAGUUUGCUAGAAUGUGUGUUGAGAUUGAUCUGAACAAACCUCUUGUUCCAAAAAUCUUCAUUGGAGGCAGAUGGCAGAAGGUUGAAUAUGAACGUUUGAGGAUACUUUGCUUUCACUUUGGUAAGUUCGGUCAUAAUAUUAAUAGUUGUGAGCAAAGACUUAGACUGGUGGCUACAAAGGACUAUCGAAGAGGACCAUCUACAAAGGUGAAGGUGGGGAAACAGGAGGAUACAACUACAGCAAGAAGGCAAUCUAGGUCACAUUUUGUUAUGUUGGAGCAUGAUACUGAUAUUCAAGAUGAUAGGGAGAUUGUACUAGAGACCUUGGAACUUCAAGUUUCUGAUCCUAAAGCAUGA